AUGACUGUUGCUAGGAAGGCAAUGGCAGCUGUUGCAAGUAGAAAUGAGGAGAGGACGAAUACUCAGAAAUCUACAGAACUGAUGUUUGAUCUAAAUCUUGGAGCCAAUGAAGGGUUCCAGGAGGCAGAGAGAACAAGCAGAGUCAUUAGAGACAGGAAGCCCAUGAAAAGGCACAGAGGGGACAGACUUUGGAAGCAGUUAACAGCCAUAUACGAUAAAGAUGGACAAGGAAACUCUCAGGGUCCAAUGAGAACAUUUCAAGACCCUCCAGAACAUACAGGUGCUGGACCUAUCGGAUUUCCUGCCCCAUCAACAUCCUGUACAGCCUUUUCUAAUUAAUUUCAUUCCGGUAUGUUUCCAGCAAAGCAAAGGAGACCAUCACCACCACAUAUGACAAAACCACCACCACUACUAAAUUGUCCACCUGGACUAGAAUACUUAACUGUGUUAGACCACUUAAUGAUCUUUCAGCAAAUUGAAUUACUGGAAGCACUCACAGGUUUUGAAACCAACAACAGAUAUGAAAUUAAGAAUUUCCUUGGGCAGAGAGUUUACUUUGCAGUGGAGGAAAAUGAUUUCUGUACCCGAAACUGCUUUGGAUCCUUAAGACCUUUUGUUAUAAAGAUUCUGGACUAUUCAUCCCAGGAAGUGAUACGCAUUGAGAGACCUUUAAAAUGUGCUUCCUGUUAUUAUCCCUGCUGCCUGCAGAAGUUGGAAAUACAAUGUCCUCCUGGUGUACCAAUAGGUUAUAUUGUCCAAAAAUGGCACCCAUUUCUGCCAAAGUUUGCUGUUCUAAAUGAGCGCUAUGAGGAGGUGUUGGCAAUCGUUGGCCCAUGUAUUGCUUGCAGUUGUUUCUCCAACAUUGACUUUGAUAUAAAAUCUUUUAAUGAAGAGGUUAUAGUUGGGAAAAUUACAAAACGAUGGUCAGGAGUUCUUAAAGAAGCAUUUACAAAUGCUGAUAACUUUUACAUUCAAUUCCCACUAAACCUUGAUGUGAAAAUUAAGGCUGUCAUGCUGGGUGCUUGCUUCCUUAUUGACCUGCUAUUUUUUGAAGCUGGUGGCUCAAGGGUAGGAGUAUGGUAUUAA